UGAACGAUCAAAGAUACGCACUUGAAAACGAUGUACAACCUGAAAAGUGGCGGCGGAUUUGCGUGAUUGUUCUAUUACUUUUGCUCUCAAAGCUUUCAAUCAAACGAUAAAUACUUAUCAACAUAAACUAGCUGACUGCCUGCUUGAUCGCACAGUUAAACACAACUAUGACUGAUGAAGAUCAAACUACGAAGUGUUUGGACGACAGUCGUGAAGAAGAUGGGGUGAACAUCCACUUUGAGCCCGUGGUGAAGCUACUGCCUCCACCAAUUGAGACCAAAACACUGGAAGAAGAUGAAGAGGAACUCAUCAAAUUGAGGGCCAAGUUAUUCAGAUUUGAUGCGACUGAUUCUGAGUGGAAGGAACGCGGCACUGGUGAUGUCAAAAUUUUAAAACAUAAACAGAAUAAUUUGAUCCGUAUAUUGAUGCGAAGGGAUAAAACGUUAAAGAUGUGUGCCAAUCACUAUAUCACCCCACACAUGGAACUUCUUCCUAGUGCUGGCAGUAACAGAGCCUGGGUUUGGAGUACUCCAGCGGACUUCGCUGAUUUAGAGGCCAAAAAGGAACACUUAGCCAUUCGUUUUGGAAAUGCUGAUAAUGCACAGAAGUUCAAAGCCGCAUUUGAAAGUGCACAAGGUGAAGUAAAAGAUACUUGUGAAAAGGAAGGUCCUGAUGGUGGUGGAGAAGCUGUGGCAGAUGGAGGCAAUGAAAAGAAUGACGAAGCAGCGAAGGAGGAAAGUGAGUCUCAGGAGAAGCCUGACGUUGACUCAGUCGCUGAACAAUUAGGGGAAAUGACUGUUAAGAAAGACCAGUCUGAGUCUGAUCAGGACAAAUCUGACUCAAAAACAGAAGCUACAGAACAAACAACUGAUACUUAAGAUGGAACUCAAGAGCCUGCUGAAUGUUAUUUUAGUGCUACUUCCGUCAUUCAACUUGACGUUACUUUUCAAGUGUGGUGCAGAAGGACUCCAGGUGAAUAGACACUUGAAUGUGACUGUUCCCUUGCUGAUCACGUAGGAGUUAUGCACGAGGGGUGCAAAUGAAAUAACAAGACUUUUCUGUCGUUUCUUUCUGCCCAAUCAGAACUGUGCUGCUUCAUAUCAAUAGUCUUACAUGUAGGUAGUCACCUCAUUGUGAUUCUAUCAUAAUAGAGACAACCCUAUUGUUCCCCAGACCAGAAUUGCAUUUUGAUGCAUUUUGAAGUCACUUGUGAAUAUAGCCAAUCUUGUCUGAGAGCUAUGUACAGUGAACCUCUGUUGUGUAUCAAGAUAUCAUGAAAUAGGCAAAACCUGAAUUCUACUGAAAUCCACAUUGAAAGAAAUAAAAAAGAUUUUAUACUGUGAUAA